AUGAAGCUGUCUGUGCUAUGGCAUUAUCCAGGAGGCUCAUGGUGUCGCCGGCAGUCGCGCCACAUGAGCAUCAUGGACCGCUACCGAAAAGUUCGACCUGUCCCCGAACGGCCUGCGCAGUUCUGGGCGCGUCCGCCAGAAAAUCCGGAAGAGCGGCCCGGCAUUGCAGAGGCAGAGCAGGAGGUGGCAAAGCUGUUGCAACCUAAACGGCCUCUCUCGUACGUUCGGGCCGCAGUUCCCUCUGAGGCCCAGUUCCGCACAUGGGAUGCCCCGGUGCAACCUGCAGGGCCGCGCUUGCUUCGGAUAGGACUGAUUGGCCCUCCGAAUGCGGGAAAGUCUUCGCUAAUGAACAUCAUUCUGGACAAUCCGAUCAGCGCCGUGUCGCCAAAGGUGAACACGACGCGCGAGGGAGUGCGUGGUGUGAAGACGAUCGGCCAUACCCAGCUUGUCUUCCUGGACGUGCCCGGGAUCAUUCCAUCCCAUCAGAAGUUGGUCAACCGCGAGCUUGUUGCACAAGCAUGGCAGGGAUACCAGGAGUGCGAUGUGUGCCUGCUGGUAAUCGAUGUCGUCAAGCGGCCUACGGCAGAAAUAUUCGAUGUGGUCCGCAAGAUUUGUCCCAAAGAGGACAUUGGAGAGGCUGGGCUGCGUCGCCGCAUGAAGUCCUUGAUGCAGGUAAAUGACGACGGUGAGCAGGAGCUGCCCGCUGAUGCCUACAACCUGCUGCCGCGCUCCCUUCCUGGGUCGCGAAUUUCAUUGGCUCGGACUCAGGCAGAGAGCAGGCCUCCAGUGACCCUGGUGCUCAACAAGGUAGACAAAGCUUCGGAGAUGCGGUGGGUCAUGUCCAGGGAACGGGAGUUCCGGACGCAUGGCCAGUUUGAUGGCAUCUUUUACACUUCCGCCCUGAAGUCGAACGGCAUUGUCAGGCUCUUGGAACAUUUGAAGACGAGGGCGAAGCCAAGGCCGUGGCUGUAUCCGGCGGACAUGAUCACUACCAUGUCCCACACGGAGCAAGUCAGGCAAGUUGUCAACACGCACCUCUUCAAGAGGUUUAAUUCUGACGUCCCGUACAAGAUUGAGCAGCAGACCGUUGGUUGGACCCCACGCUUGGAUGGGUCACUGGUGAUAGAACAGGAAAUCAUUGUAAAAGACUCCGUCGUGGCUCGCAUGAUUUUGGGCGUGCGCAACAGCGUACUCCACGAUAUGAAGCAGCAGGUGAGCGACACCUUGCAGCUACUUUGGGGAAUUCCCGUCGAAGCUCGCAUCUGGGUGAGGCCGCUAAAGCAGCGCCUUAGCAACAGCGACCUGGCUUUGCUGGGCCGGGGGCCGAAGGUUGCAAAAGCACCGGCACCCUGA